AUGGGCCGUAUCAACCUCACAGCUCUGCGUGUGCGCAGUCGCGCUCUUCGCAGAAAAGAAGCAACCGACUCUCGCAUAACGCCUAUCUGGGCCAACAUUGUCGCAGACGUCCCACCCGCCCAGAUCAUGACCCGCCAUCAACCCAUCGAGCACCACUAUACCGAAACCCGCACCAAGACUCUCCCUGACGGCCGCUCCUCACAGGCCACCCAGAUAAUAGCACACGCCAAACCCAAGACCGCAAAGCCCAAGCAACUCUACAGCCCCACCCCCCUCCGCUACGAAGAGGACACCCUGCGCAAGCAGUUCUUCAGCGACCACCCCUGGGAGCUCGCCCGGCCACGAACCCUCGUCGAAACCGACGGCAAACAAUACGCGCGCGCGAAUUGGAGCACAGGGAUCAAGCAGCGCGGCCUGCCCGUAUCGGGCGAGAGCGUUGUGCAGCGCCAGCUGUGGCUCCUGCACAACGUCCCAGAUAUCACGGUGCCAGAGGCGUACGACAUCGCGCGCAAGGAGUUCUAUGCCGUCCGCCGGCGGCAGCAGACGGCGAUGCGCAUUGCCGUCGAGGAGGCCGAGAUGUUUGGCGCCGACUUUGGCGUCCCGGCCAUGAGCGUCGGCAUGAGCAAGGAGGACAAGGUCUACACCGAGUGGGUGGGCUGGGCGGCGGAAGAGGCCAUGCGCAUCACGCAGCAGCGCGCCGGGUUUGAGGGCUCGCAGGUGAGCACCGAGCAGAAGGCUAUUGAGGGCAAUGCGGCCGGACUCGGUGGUGCCAGGUUUGGUGGGCAAAGGACCGGGAUGGCGCAGAGGCAGAUGGCGGGACCGAGCUCACAAGUGGGAUCGUCCCUUGCAUGA